UGCAGACGGAGCAGCUGAGGAUGGAGCAGAGAGGAGGCAGACGCUCCGGGUCAGACACCUCUGAAAUAUACUCUGUACUAUUACGGACCUUCCUUUAAUUCACCCCCAGACUGCGGCUUGUUUUUCUGUCUGGUUUUAUAUCAUUUCCGCCGCUGACAUCUUGGCACCAGCCCGCUCCACUUCAUCUGCCUGUCAACACGCCGGACUGUCUGUCAGCGGGGAAAACACACAGAAAUCCCGCUGAAAAACACUCAUAAUACAUUUUCCACCGGACACACCUUCCCCUCGGACUGCCCUGUCACUACUACAAUCAACAUGGAUGAAGACAAUCACGUUCCUGAGGAUCUGUCCCUGGAGGAGAGGGAUGAGCUUUCAAACAUCCGACGCAGGAAGAGAGAGCUGCUCGAUGAUAUUGAGAGGUUGAAGUUUGAGAUAGCAGAGGUCAUGACAGAGAUCGAGCAGCUGACCUGUGUUGGAGAAAGUAAAACAUCCCAGAGAAAUAAACAGAUCGCGAUGGGCAGGAAAAAAUUCAACAUGGAUCCAAAGAAGGGAAUCCAGUUCCUGCUGGAGAACGACCUCCUCCAGCACACUCCCGAAGACAUCGCCCAGUUCCUCUACAAAGGCGAGGGCCUCAACAAGACCGUCAUCGGAGACUACUUGGGCGAGCGGGACGACUUCAACAUCAAGGUGCUGCAGGCCUUUGUGGAGCUGCAUGAGUUUGCAGACCUCAAUCUCGUCCAAGCAUUACGGCAGUUUCUGUGGAGUUUCCGUUUGCCAGGUGAAGCCCAGAAGAUCGACCGUAUGAUGGAAGCGUUUGCCUCGCGGUACUGCCAGUGCAACCCCGGAGUCUUCCAGUCGACAGAUACCUGCUACGUGCUGUCAUUUGCCAUCAUCAUGCUGAACACCAGCCUACAUAACCCCAACGUCAGAGACAAGCCCCCUGUGGAGCGCUUCAUCUCCAUGAACAGAGGCAUCAACGAAGGAGGAGAUCUGCCAGAGGAGCUUCUCAGGAACCUUUACGACAGCAUCAAAAACGAGCCCUUCAAAAUCCCAGAGGAUGAUGGAAACGAUCUGACGCACACAUUCUUCAACCCCGACAGAGAAGGCUGGCUCUUAAAGCUCGGUGGCAGGGUGAAGACGUGGAAGAGGCGGUGGUUCAUUCUGACCGACAACUGCCUCUAUUACUUUGAAUACACAACAGAUAAAGAGCCUCGUGGGAUUAUUCCUCUGGAGAACCUCAGUAUCAGAGAGGUGGAUGAGCCCAGGAAACCUAACUGCUUCGAGCUCUACAACCCCAACCACAAAGGUCAGGUCAUCAAGGCCUGCAAGACAGAGGCGGACGGGCGUGUCGUCGAGGGCAACCACGUGGUGUACAGGAUAUCGGCCCCCACGCCGGAGGAAAAGGAGGAGUGGAUCAAAUCCAUCAAAGCAAGCAUCAGCAGGGAUCCUUUCUAUGACAUGCUGGCCACCAGGAAGCGGAGGAUAGCCAAUAAGAAAUGAUGACCGCCCACCUUUAUACACACCUGCAUCGCCACAAUGUCCAUGACCGGCAGAGUCCUUGUGCGUGUAUGUGUGUGUUAUGUUGUGGAGGCCUCCCGAGGGCAGACACAGGUGGGAGUUUACUGGACUGACAUGGAUUACGUUUAUUUCCACCUGAAGAUAGUCUGCACCUCAGCUCUCAGUCGAUUCAACCGUUUUAUUUCACCCGGCACAGACUUGGAACACUGAUGUGUCAUUUGAGUGAAACUUCAAAAUCUUUACUAAGCUGGAUGAUAACAGAUGGACAGAAGAAUAAGGACUACAGCCAUGACUGGGAUCAUGGGAAAUCUUUGCAUAGCGUGGCUGUGACGAGAUCGCCCACUGCUGGACACAUAAGGAAUUACACCUACAGGAGUAUUGUAACCUGAACAUCCAUCCUCCUCAUGUGUGGUAUUCCUUUCUUCCAGACCAGCUCGCCUGCUUGGUUGUCUGCCAACAUGACUCCCAGGCAACAUUUUAUUAUCUUCACCUCACAUGUCCUUUGACAACUGCCAACACCAACAAUGUUUUUUAGUAUCCUGUAACUACAGAAAGCCUCAAGCUUCUAAAUCAGCUGGUCUGAUUGUUAGCCCUCAAGUGACUGUACCUGUAUAUGCAAACACACUGAUUUAUUCUCAACUCAUAUACUUCAUUUACAGUACGCGCCCUAUUUGAAAGAGAAGGAAUUAAUACAGGUUAAAGGAUUAUUACUUCACAUAUAUUGAGUGUAAUGAGCCUUUUAAGUUUUAAAAAGCUAUAUGCAUCCUAUAUUAAUUCUGUAAACGCUCAUUUUAUGUAUUGAAGAUCCACCUGUGAUCAAGUUUGUUUCUUUUGUAUUUAUUUUCUUAAUUUGUUUAACAAAAGAGGCAGCCCCUGAUUUACAUUAUGCAUGUAUAGAAUAUAUUGUACAUACUGUUUUUUUUUCUUUCUCUGUUGUGUUUAUGUAGCAUGUAAAUCAUAACGGCCGUAGCCUAUACCCGUUCACCUUUUCAGUUUAACAGCUAAGUUUACAAUAGUGGAAGAGGGACUUUGUGCAGCUCUUUGCAGAGCAGUGGAACCUCCUCGCACUGUGUUAUUACUGAAUAUUCAGAUAAUACAUGAUGGUAUAUGAAAGAAUAACUCACUAUGCUGAGUUGGACAAGAGAGUGUAGGACAUAGGCGGGUUCAAAACACCUGUGAAAAAAGGUGAAACAAAUGAGAUACUGGAAUUUUCAAGACUCCAAUCGUGUGAAUGUUGACUGGAAUAUGAGGACUGUUUUUACAAACUGAGAUCAAGACGACUUUCAGCCUAAUCUUAUAUUAGUUGGAGUUUUGAGGGUUAAUCAUGGCUUGAUCUUCCACCCUGUCUACAUGUAUGUGGACAUUUUUGAAAACUGAUAUUUUCCCCUCUGUUUUAGAAAAUAAUUCUGUUCACAUGACCUUUGUUUUACAAAUUACCUGUCCACACUAGAACGCAAAAACAACCCCAAACUCUCGACGAUGUUGGCUGUCUUCCAGUCUCCCCUCAUCACAAAAGGUAGUAAAGUGUACAGGCUAACGAUACUUCCUAAUCUGCACCUUGGAAGGUGUUUUAGAAAAUUUCCAUUUUCGUGUGGACGAGAGGCCAAACCGUAGAGGAAAAUAUCUGUUUACAAAAAUAUCUGUAUACGUGUAGACGGGGCUUUAGUUUGGGAAAACUGCUCCUGAAUACUUUGAUGAAGACUUUGAAUAAAAUUCCAUGCUGAUCAGAAAACAGUUUUUGUGUGCAUGUGAAUUCAGUGAAAAGAGCUCGUCUCACAAAACGUACCAGGUCUUUGGUUAUUUCAAACAUGGAAACAAGUGUUGUGAAUAAAAUAUCAGCUGAGCCGUCUUGCUAACAGCUAGAAAUGUGUGUGUAUUUAACUAUUCGUGAUUACAGAAGAGUGCUUCCAGUUUCCAUCCACACUUAAUGUAUCUACAACAUUAAUUUAACGGUAGUAGAAAGUUUGUUCAACAAGAGGCUCGAAUACGAUCAGUCUAUUCCUAGUAUAUGAUACAAAGGCAGACAGGAGCUUUUCAAAAAUCCCUGGCAACACGUCAAUCAUCUCAAUCAGUGUUUUUCCAUUCAUUUCAGCGCAGCAUGUAAACAAAGUCAAAGACAGAGAAACAAAUUACAAUUUCUGACAUUAACAAAUGUAUUUUAAGGCGUUUACCUUUUACAAUGUAUAAAUUCUGACAUGCUAAACUAAAACAGUAUAACAGCAGUUUUUCAACUUCUGUCAAAAGUUGGAAAAAAAAAAAAUCAAACCAAAUCAAACCAUAAUCAUUCCCAACUUUUGUCCAGAGAAUAUGGUCAAAUUAACAUGAUUUUUUUUCUAAAAACAAAACAUCUACUGAUAACCCUGAUACAGGAUUUUUACGUAUAAAAAUAACUGAUAGUACAGUUCAAAAUUAAAUUCACAGUAUUUUUUAUGACGCUAGAAGACACAAACUGUAUUUUUCAUUAAAAAGCAAACACAAAUGGUCCACAGCCAUGAUAACAAAUUUUUGAUGUUUUUUUUUUAAAAUGUUUGAAAAGAAAUAGAAUGUGAGAGAGAGAGAGAGAGAGAAAGAG